AUGCUAGAUAUCAAUCUAUUUAUUGAGGAAAAGGGCGGUGAUCCCGAGCUUAUCAGAAAAUCUCAAAGAGCUAGAGGUGCUAGUGUUGAGAUUGUUGACGAAAUUGUCGAAAACUACAAGGGCUGGGUCAAGACGAGAUUUGAAUUGGACGAGUUGAACAAAAAGUUGAAUAAGUUGCAAAAGGAUAUUGGAUUGAAAUUCAAGAGCAAGGAGGACGCUAGUGAGUUGUUGGCUGAGAAGGAGAGGUUGUCACAGGAGAAGAAACAACUGACUGACAGAGAGCAACAGGAGGAUGCUGCUUUGAAGAAGAAGGUCUAUCAAGUGGGCAACAUUGUUCAUCCAAGUGUGGUUGUCUCGAAUGACGAAGACAACAACGAGUUAGUCCGUGUCUGGAAACCCGAAGACUUAAAAGAAGUUGGUAGUAAUGCAUCAGCAACCGGCCAACCUGCCAAGUUGUCUCACCACGAGGUCUUGUUGAGAUUGGAUGGCUAUGAUCCAGAACGUGGUGUCAAAAUCUCGGGCCACAGAGGGUACUUCUUCAGAAACUACGGUGUCUUCUUGAACCAGGCUUUGAUUAGCUACGGUUUGUCAUUUUUAGCUGCUAGAGGCUACAUUCCAUUACAAGCACCAGUGAUGAUGAAUAAAGAAGUUAUGGCCAGAACUGCACAAUUGUCGGAAUUCGAUGAGGAGUUGUACAAAGUUGUCGAUGGGGACGAUGAGAAGUAUUUAAUUGCAACUUCUGAACAACCUAUUUCCGCUUAUCACAGCGGGGAAUGGUUUGAAAAACCUCAAGAACAGUUGCCGGUUCGUUAUGCCGGUUAUUCUUCUUGUUUCCGCAGAGAAGCUGGUGCUCAUGGUAAGGAUGCUUGGGGUGUCUUUAGAGUACAUGCAUUCGAAAAAAUUGAACAAUUUUGUUUGACGGAGCCCGAAAAAUCGUGGGAAGAGUUCGACAGAAUGAUUGGUACUGCCGAAGAGUUUUAUCAAAGUUUGAAACUUCCAUACCGCGUAGUGGGUAUCGUUUCUGGUGAGCUAAAUAAUGCUGCUGCAAAGAAAUACGAUCUAGAAGCUUGGUUCCCUUACCAAAACGAAUAUAAAGAACUAGUCUCUUGUUCAAAUUGUACCGAUUAUCAAUCAAGAAACUUGGAAAUCAGAUGUGGUAUAAAAAAAAUGGGCGACAGAGAAAAGAAGUACGUUCAUUGUUUGAACUCCACUUUAAGUGCAACACAAAGAGCAUUGUGUUGUGUUUUAGAGAAUUAUCAAACUGAAGACGGUAUUGUUGUCCCAGAAGUAUUGAGAAAAUAUAUUCCUGGUGAACCAGAAUUUUUGCCAUUCGUUAAAGAACUACCAAAAAAUUCCACUUCCAACAAGGAGAAGAAGAAAUAG